CCUCCCUCCCGCUCCAGUCCCGGCCUCUCCCCGCCAGGGAGGGUAAGUCACGCCAAACUGGGCGGAGAAUCCGCUGGCCUGUCUCUUUCGCUCGUCUGGGCGGUGGCGGCAACUGGGGACGGGGCGGGUGGCGCAUCACGGGCGCAGAGGCAGGAGGAGCAGUCUCAUUGUUCCGGGAGCCGUCGCCACUGCAGGUCUCUGGGCUCUUUCGGCCCUGCCCUUCUCAGUCCUCCCCAACCCCCACAACCGCCCGCGGCUCUGAAGAGAAGCGUCCCGUGGAGACAGCAGCUGCAGCAUCAUCUCCGAUCCGCCAGCCAUGGAAGACAUGGACCAGUCGCCUCUGGUCUCCUCGUCCUCGGACAGCCCGCCCCGGCCUCAGCCCCCGUUCAAGUACCAGUUCGUGAGGGAGCCUGAGGACGAGGAGGAAGAAGAGGAGGAGGAAGACGAGGAGGACGAAGACGAGGACUUGGAGGAGCUGGAGGUGCUGGAGAGGAAGCCCUUUUCACACUUGGAAUACUCAGAUAUGAGACUGUCAUUGAGUGGCUCUCCAAAAUCAGAAUCUGCCGUAAUUGUAGCAAAUCCUAGGGAAGAGAAUAAAGAUGAAAAGGAGGAUUUAGUUAGUAAUAACAGCCUUCGUAAUCAACAAGAGUUACCCAUAGCCCUUACUAAUAAAUCAGUUAAAGAAGAGGACAAAGUUAUGUCUCCAGAAAAAACAAAGGACGGUUUCAAUGAAAAGGGAAUUGCAGCAGAAGCUCCAAUGAGGGAAGAAUAUGCAGACUUCAAACCGUUUGAGCGGGUUUGGGACGUAACAGAUCCUUCUAAGCAAGACAGCGAUGUGUUGGCUGCUGGAGGUAAUAUAGAGAGCAAGUUAGAGAGUAAAGUGGAUCAGAAAUGUUUUGCUGACAGCCCUGAGCAAACAAAUCAUGAAAAAGAUAGUGAAAGCAGUAAUGAUGAUACUUCUUUUCCCAGUACACCAGAGGCUGUAAAAGACGGUUCAGGAGCAUAUAUCACAUGUGCUCCCUUUAACCCCACAGCAACUGAAAACCUUUCGACAAACAUUUUUCCUUUGUUGGAAGAUCAUACUUCAGAAAAUAAGACAGAUGAAAAAAAGAUAGAAGAAAAAAAGGCCCAAAUUGUAACGGAGAAGAAUUUUAGUACCAAAACAUCAAACCCUUUCCUUGUAGCAACACAGGAUUCUGAGGCAGAUUAUGUCACAACAGAUAAUUUGUCAAAGGUGGCUGAGGAAGUCGUGGCAAACAUGGCUGAAGGUCUAACCCCAGAUUUAGUACAGGAAGCGUGUGAAAGUGAAUUGAAUGAGGCUACAGGUACAAAGAUUGCUUUUGAAACAAAAAUGGACUUGGUUCAAACAUCAGAAGCUAUGCAGGAGUCCCUGUAUCCUGUGGCGGCACAGCUUUGCCCGUCUUUUGAAGAAUCUGAAGCUACCCCUUCACCAGUUUUGCCUGACAUUGUUAUGGAAGCACCGUUAAAUUCUGUAGUUCCUAGUGCUGGUGCUUCUGCAGUGCAGCCCAGUCCAUCACAAUUAGAAGCUCCCCCUUCAGUUAAUCAUGAAAGCAUAAAACUUGAGCCUGAAAAUCCCCCACCGUAUGAAGAGGCCAUGAAUGUACCACCAAAAACUGUAUCCGGAAUAAAGGAAGAAAUGGAAGAGCCUGGAAGUGUUAAUGUAGCUGUUCAAGAAACAGAAGCUCCUUAUAUCUCUAUUGCAUGUGAUUUAAUUAAAGAAACGAAGCUCUCUACUGAACCGUCUUCAGAUUUCUCCGAUUACUCAGAAAUAGCAAAAGUCGCGCAGCCAGUGGCUGAUCAUUCUGAGUUAGUUGAGGAUUCAUCACCUGAUUCUGAACCGGUGGACUUAUUUAGUGAUGAUUCAAUACCUGAAGUUCCACAAAAACAAGAUGAAGCUGUGAUACUUGUGAACGAAAAUCUCACGGAAGCUUCUCAGUUGAUGAUGGAACAUGAAAAUAAGGAAAAACUCAGUGCGUCACUACCACCUGAGGGGGGAAAGCCGUAUUUGGAAUCUUUUCAGCCCAAUUUAGAUACCACAAAAGAUAACUUGUCACCCGAUGAAGUUUCAGCAUUGACCCAAAAGGAGAAAGUUCCUUUGCAGAUGAAGGAGCUCAAUAGUGCAGUUUAUUCAGAUGAUGGCUUAUUUAUUGCUAAGGAUGCAAAAGUAAGGGAGAGUGAAACAUUCUCAGAUUCAUCUCCAAUUGAGAUUAUAGAUGAGUUCCCUACAUUUGUCAGUUCUAAAACUGAUUCUUCUCCUAAAUUAACCAGGGAAUACACUGAUCUAGAAGUAUCCCACAAAAGUGAGAUUGCUAAUGUCCAGGAUGAAGCUGGGUCAUUACCUUGCUCAGACUUACCUCACGACCUUUCUUUCAAAAACGUACAACCUAAAGAUGAAGAUAAAGUCCAUGUCCCGGAUGAACUCUCCAAAGACAGGUCUGGUAUUUCGAAGGUGCCCUUACUGCCUCCAGAUGUUUCUGCUUUGGCCACUCAAACAGAAAUAGGCAGUAUAGUCAAACCCACAGUCCUUGUGAAAGAAGCUGAGAAAAAAACCCCUCCUGAUACAGAGCAAGAGACCAGAUCACCAUCUGCUGUAUUUUCAGCAGAGCUGAGUAAAACUUCAGUUGUUGACCUCCUCUACUGGAGAGACAUUAAGAAGACUGGAGUAGUGUUUGGUGCCAGCUUAUUCCUGCUGCUUUCAUUGACAGUAUUCAGCAUUGUGAGUGUAACGGCCUACAUUGUCUUGGCCCUGCUCUCUGUGACUAUCAGCUUUAGGAUAUAUAAGGGUGUGAUCCAAGCUAUCCAGAAAUCAGAUGAAGGCCACCCAUUCAGGGCAUAUUUGGAAUCGGAAGUCGCUAUAUCUGAGGAGUUGGUUCAGAAAUACAGUAAUUCUGCUCUCGGUCAUGUGAACUGCACAAUAAAAGAACUCAGACGCCUCUUUUUAGUUGAUGAUUUAGUUGAUUCUCUGAAGUUUGCGGUGUUGAUGUGGGUAUUUACCUACGUUGGUGCCUUGUUCAAUGGUCUGACACUACUGAUUUUGGCUCUGAUUUCACUCUUCAGCGUUCCUGUUAUUUAUGAACGGCAUCAGGUGCAGAUAGAUCAUUAUCUAGGACUUGCGAAUAAGAAUGUUAAAGAUGCUAUGGCUAAAAUCCAAGCGAAAAUCCCUGGAUUGAAGCGCAAAGCUGAAUGAAAAAGCCAGAAAUCACUAACAAUAGGAGUUUAUCUUUAAAGGGGAUUACUUGGGGGAGGGUCAGGGAAGAAGGAAACCUUGACGUUGCAGCUUCCCAGAUCUUUAUUUUUAGCAAUGCGGUGUCUGAGGAAAAAUUACCUGUCUUGACUGCCCUGUGUUCAUCAUCAUAAGUAUUGUAAGCUGCUAUGUAUGGAUUUAAGCCGUAAUCAUACUUGUUUUUCCUAUAUGAGGCACUGGUGAAUAGACAAAGAUCUGAGAAAGCUGUACAUUACACUUUGUGGCAGGCAGUCUUGCUGUUGUUUUUUUUUUUCUUUUCGGGAAUCGCAGAGAAAGGAGCUGAAAAAAAAUAAUCCUUUUCACAGUUUGUGCACUGUGUAUGGUCUGUGUAGAUUGAUGGAGAUUUUCUGAAAUGCAAUGUUUAGACGAGAUCAUACCACUAAGCAAGACUGAAAAAGCUCGCCUUUCUGGUAUGUUCUAGGUGUAUUGUGAAUUUUACUGUUAUAUUAAUUGCCAAUAUAAGUAAAUAUAGAUUAUAUAUAUCUCUAUAUAUAGUGUUUCACAAAGCUUAGACCUUUACCUUCCAGCUACCCCACAGUGCUUGAUACUUGAGAGUCCUUGGUUACACGUGUAUAGUUCCAAAGCACAUAAGCUAGAAAAAGAAAAUCCAUUUAUUUCUAGGAGCACUACCAUCUGUUUUCAACAUGAAGUGACGCCAUGCACAUAGUAAACUUCACUGCACAGACUUACUCUAGUUCAUUUUGUCAUAAACUCGGAAUCUCCGGACUGAAUCUAAUGCUUCCAAAAAUGUUGUUUGCAAAUAUCAAAACUUGUUAUGCAAAAACCUAUAAAAUGAAGAUUUAUACGUUUGUGGUUUAAGCUGUACUGAAUCUGUGGAAUGCAUUGUGAACUGUAAAAGCAAAGUAUCAAUAAAGCUUAUAGACAAAG